AUGAAGAAUGAGAAAUAUCAAGAAUUGUUGCGAAAGCUUUUCGAUGAGUUGGAGACACGUAUUGCCACAACCUUCAUUGACUUCUUACGAGGUCACGAAAAGUAUCUAUUCCUCGCAUCUGCAGUCUAUCCGUUCAAAAGUCAAAUAAAAAUCGCACCAGAGAGAACGAUCGAGGGUAAGAACGGACAGGGAAAUCUUGACUAUGGAAUGGAAUCACACAGAACUGGGAGAAUAAUUGGCUUGGUCGAAGUCAAAAAAGAUGACUUCAAACAGCAGACGGAAUCAUCCCUAACAUGUCGUAAACGAAAAACAAACGAAAUAGAAGACGAGCAUGAUGUAGGUAAAUUGUACCAAAUGCUGAAAAAUGGUUCAUGGAAUGUUCGUUAG